AUGACUUCCACAGAAGAUUCCCAGAAACAUGCUGCUUCGAACGGAGAUACACCCGCACCGACACCGGCGCAGUCGUGGACAUAUCCCACACGAACCUGUCGACUCUGCCUCGAAGAAGUGCCCGCCACAGUGACUCUCUACCCUCCCGGCCUCCCUCCGGCCUUUCAACAUCCCGUCGUCGAGUACAAAAAUGAAGAUGAAUACGGCCGGCUGAUCAAGCCGUGUCAUUGCAGAGGAGGCAUGCGGUACAUACACGAGCUGUGUCUACGGCGGUCCCGGACAGAGGGUGUGCGGCCCGGCUCGCUCUGGAAAUGCCACGAAUGUGGCUAUCAGUUCAACUUCAACAGACUCACGGUUCAGAAAUACCUCGGCAGCAAGACAGCUUCGGGGGCUCUGACGGCAUUGGUCAUGCUACUGUUUGUGUUUCUUCUCGGGUUUAUUGCAGAUCCAAUCCUCAAUCUGUACACCGAUCCCUACGAGACGAUCGUGGGCCACGAGGAUGUCUGGCAGGCGGUUGAUGUCAAUGACUCGAAAGGAAGCCUGUCAGGCUGGGCCCAGCAUUUUAUAAAAGGGCUGGUCUCGAUGGGCGUGCUUAGCUUCUUGAGAACCAUGAUCCUCAACCCUUUCCAAUGGUGGAAUCUUAGAAACACUGGCUUUGUCACCGGCAGAGUAUCUGGGAGAUCUGCUACUGGUCGGGACCGCGCAGUCAACGUCAGCUGGAUUGUGGUGGUGAUGGGAAUCCUGUCGGCAUCGUAUUUUUUCUACCAGUGGGUGCAAACGAUCAUUGGCAAAUCACUCCAACGCAUAGGGAACAACAUCGUUGACACGCAGCUCCCGGGCGAUGAUGACGAUAUCAAACCGCCGCCAGGCUUCAAGUUUGAGAACAGCUCUCCGGACACUGCCAGUUCGGAGGCAAGUCCGCAACAAGAUGACAGUUCCCCAGCAAAUCAGCGCGAGGAAGCAGCUGAAACCAAGGAUGUGGACGCGCCUCGCAUCGCACCAGGUGUCAUGCCUGGGACUUGGGGAUCCAGCGCCUACAGUUCGGCCUUGGAUGAUGCUCAAAGGCAAGGCUGGUCAUUUCGAGGGCUCUAG